CAGGGAGAGAAGCCAGUUGCUGGUCCUAAAUCCUUUCCACUCACUUCUGUGGCUGGUGCCAGAGAGCACUCCCCAUAGAACUGUGAGCCGAGCAUUGGCAGGUGCCAUGCCUUGCCCAUCGGGAUCGGAUGCAUUGGUUUUCUUCGUGAACGGGAGGAAGGUGACAGAAAGGAAUGCAGACCCAGAAGUGACUCUGCUGACCUUCCUACGAAAAAACUUAGGCCUCACAGGAACCAAAUAUGCCUGUGGAAGAGGAAGCUGUGGAGCCUGCACGGUGAUGGUGUCUAAGCACGAUCCAGUAUGCAAGAAGAUAAGACACUUCUCCGUCACUGCAUGCCUGGUGCCCAUCUGCUCUCUGUAUGGAGCCGCUGUCACCACCGUGGAAGGCAUUGGAAGCAUCAAAACCAGGCUUCACCCCGUGCAAGAAAGAAUUGCCAAGAGCCAUGGCACCCAGUGUGGAUUCUGUACUCCUGGGAUGGUGAUGUCUAUGUAUGCACUGCUCAGAAAUCACCUGCACCCCUCAGAGAAGCAGCUCAUGGAGGCCCUACGAGGUAAUCUCUGCCGCUGCACUGGGUAUCGGUCAAUUCUUGAGAGUGGCAAGACUUUCUGCAUGAUGACUGACUGUCAUCAGAAAGGAACAGGAAAAUGCUGCAUGGACCAGAGAGAAAACCACUCCUCCUCACUGGACAGGAAAAGUGAUAUUUGCACAGAGUUAUUUGCGAAAGAGGAGUUCCAGCCGUUGGACCCAACCCAGGAGCUCAUAUUUCCCCCAGAACUCUUGAGGAUGGCCGAGAACCCAGAAAAGGGAACCCUGACCUUCUAUGGAGAGCGAGUGACCUGGAUCUCCCCCGGGACCCUCCAGGAUCUCCUGGAGCUGAAAGCGAAACACCCAGAAGCCCCUCUGGUCCUGGGCAAUACCUCACUGGGACCUGCAAUGAAAUCUCAAGGACACUUCCACCCAAUUCUCCUUUCUCCUGCUAGAAUUUCUGAGCUGAGUGUAGUGACGAAAACAAGUGAUGGACUAACCAUUGGUGCUGCCUGCAGCCUGGCCCAGGUGAAGGACAUCUUGGCUGAGAGCAUCUCUGAACUCCCAGAGGAGAAAACUCAGACAUACCGGGCCCUUCUGAAGCACCUGCGGACUCUGGCAGGCCAGCAAAUCCGGAAUAUGGCGUCCUUAGGGGGUCAUAUUAUAAGCCGGCAUUGCUAUUCGGACCUGAAUCCAAUUCUUGCUGUGGGCAAUGCCACCCUCAAUCUGUUGUCAGAAGAAGGUACGCGGCAGAUUCCUCUCAACGAACACUUUCUUGCUGGGUUGGCAAGCGCAGACCUUAAGCCAGAGGAGAUUUUGGAAUCCGUGUAUAUCCCUCACUCUCGAAAGUGGGAAUUUGUGUUCGCCUUCCGACAGGCUCAGUGCCUGCAAAACGCCUUGCCAGAUGUCAAUGCUGGCAUGCGAGUCCUGUUCAAAGAAGGCACAGACACCAUCGAGGACCUGAGCAUUGCCUACGGAGGUGUAGGGACUGCUACAGUCAGUGCACAUAAAUCCUGCCAGCAGCUCCUCGGCAGGCACUGGAAUGAGCUGAUGCUGGACGAGGCUUGCAGGUUGGUUCUGGAUGAAGUCUCCCUCCCAGGCUCAGCUCCGGGUGGCAAGGUGGAGUUCAAGAGGACUCUAGUAGUCAGCUUCCUCUUCAAGUUCUACCUAAAGGUUUUGAAGGAACUGAAGACCCUAGUAAGACAAUUCUCUGUGCCUGGCAGCAGUCGUUAUCCGGAAAUUUCAGAUGGGUUCCUAAGUGCUCUAGAAGAUUUCCCAGUCACAAUACCCCAGGGAGUCCAAACAUACCAGAAAGUAGAUUCUCACCAACCUCUUCGAGAUCCAGUUGGACGCCCCAUCAUGCACCUGUCAGGUCUUAAACAUGCCACGGGGGAAGCCAUAUUUUGUGAUGACAUUCCCAGGGUGGAUAAAGAACUUUUCAUGGCUUUGGUGACCAGUACCAGGGCUCAUGCAAAAAUUAUAUCAAUCGAUUUCUCUGAGGCCCUUGAACUACCUGAGGUGGUUGAUGUGAUAACAGCUAAAGACAUUCCAGGCACCAAUGGUGGUGAAGAUGACAAAUUGUUGGCUGUAGAUGAGGUACUUUGCGUGGGCCACGUUAUCUGUGCUGUAGUUGCAGAGACAGAUAUACAGGCAAAGCAGGCAAUUGAAAAGAUAAAGAUUACCUAUGAGGAUCUGGAACCUGUAAUCUUCACCAUAGAGGAUGCCAUAAAACACAAUUCAUUCCUAUGCCCUGAAAAAAAACUUGAGCAAGGAAACAUUAAGGAGGCAUUUGAAAAAGUGGAUCAAAUUGUUGAAGGAGAGGUCCACGUUGGAGGACAGGAACACUUUUACAUGGAAACACAAAGAGUGCUUGUUAUUCCAAAGACAGAGGACAAAGAACUGGACAUUUAUGUGUCCACACAGGAUCCAGCCCACGUGCAGAAAACAGUGUCCUCUACUCUAAACAUCCCCAUCAACAGGAUCACCUGCCAUGUCAAACGAGUGGGCGGAGGUUUUGGAGGGAAGGUGGGAAGGCCAUCUGUGUUUGGGGCAAUUGCAGCAGUGGGUGCUGUCAAAACUGGCCAUCCCAUUCGUCUUGUUCUUGAUCGUGAAGAUGACAUGUUAAUAACUGGAGGGAGGCAUCCAUUAUUUGGAAAAUAUAAAGUGGGAUUCAUGAACAAUGGGCGGAUCAAAGCUCUAGACAUUGAGUGCUAUAUUAACGGAGGAUGCACACUGGAUCACUCAGAGCUGGUAACAGAAUUUCUUAUACUAAAGCUGGAAAAUGCAUAUAAAAUCCGCAACCUCAGAUUCCGGGGCCGUGCAUGCAUGACAAAUUUGCCAUCCAAUACAGCUUUUCGUGGGUUUGGCUUCCCACAAGGAACCUUGGUGACAGAAUCUUGCAUCACAGCUGUAGCAGCCAAAUGUGGCCUCCCGCCAGAAAAGAUUAGGGAGAAAAACAUGUAUAAAACAGUUGAUAAAACCAUCUACAAACAAGCAUUCAGCCCUGAGACCCUGAUAAGAUGCUGGAACGAAUGUCUGGAAAGGUCUUCCUUUCACAGCAGAAGAAUGCAAGUGGAAGAGUUCAACAAGAAGAACUACUGGAAGAAGAAAGGCAUUGCUAUUAUCCCCAUGAAGUUCUCUGUGGGCUUUGCUGCAACAAGCUUUCAUCAGGCAGCUGCACUUGUUCAUAUCUACACAGAUGGGUCUGUAUUGGUCACACAUGGAGGCAACGAACUGGGACAAGGGAUUCACACCAAAAUGCUGCAGGUGGCCAGCCGUGAAUUAAAAGUCCCCAUGUCUUAUCUGCACAUCUGUGAGACAAGCACAGCAACGGUGCCUAAUACAAUUGCAACAGCAGCGUCCGUCGGUGCAGAUGUCAAUGGCAGAGCUGUGCAGAAUGCUUGUCAGAUCCUUCUGAAACGCCUUGAGCCCAUCAUUAAGAAAAAUCCAGAAGGCACAUGGGAAAACUGGAUAGAAGCAGCCUUUGAGCAAAGAAUCAGUCUCUCAGCCACUGGAUACUUCAGAGGCUACAAGGCCUUCAUGGACUGGGAGAAGGGGGAGGGAGACCCAUUUCCAUACUAUGUUUAUGGAGUUGCCUGUUCUGAAGUUGAAAUUGAUUGCCUGACUGGUGCUCACAAGAAAACCAGGACGGACAUUGUCAUGGAUGCCUGUUGCAGCCUAAAUCCGGCCAUUGAUAUCGGGCAGAUUGAAGGUGCAUUUAUUCAGGGAAUGGGCCUGUAUACAACUGAAGAGCUACAGUAUUCCCCAGAAGGUGUCCUGUACUCACGGAGCUCAGAUGAGUACAAAAUUCCAACCAUCACAGAUGUCCCAGAGGAGUUCAAUGUCUCCCUCUUGCCAUCAUCACAAACCCCACUGACCAUCUAUUCCUCCAAGGGCCUCGGGGAGUCUGGAAUGUUCCUGGGGUCAUCUGUGUUCUUUGCCAUCAUGGAUGCGGUGGCUGCAGUGCGCAGAGAAAGAGAUGCCGCUGAGGACUUCACGGUGAAGAGCCCAGCCACGCCAGAACAAGUUCGAAUGGCUUGUGCUGAUCGGUUCACAGAAAUGAUCCCAAGAGAUGACCCUAAGACAUUUAAGCCUUGGUCUAUCCCUAUAGCAUAACCCUGCUGUUAUUUCCUGAAAGGUGUUACAGUUUUUCAAGUGAAAAGAUGUCUUGUUUUGUUCGUUUGUUUGUUUGAUGUUUUGUUAAUCCUAACUAGAAUCCAAACUAAUACUUUUAUACUGUUGAGAGAGAGAAAAAUAGCACAAAAUUUAUAAACAUUCUGAUUAAUUACUUUAACAAGACAAAUCAUUGCUUUAAAAUUAUUUAAUUAGACUUCUCGACUUAGAAGCCACAAGACAAGGUACAAAUCAAGAUGAAACUAAUGUUGGAAUGCUAUGAAAUAGCCAUAGCAAGCAAAUUUAAUGCUAAUUUGUUUCUGAAAAGAUGGUGUAAAUAUUGCCAUGAAAGCUAAUUUUUCUCUUCUGCAUCCAUCCAAUUUAACUGCACUGGCCAUACCGGUUAAAAUCAUUGAAAGAUACUUCUCAUCAGGGUGUGGUGGUGCACACCUGUAAUCCCAACUACUCAGGAUGCUGAGGUAAGAGGAUUACAAGUUUAAGACCAGCCAGUGAAAUUUAGCAAGACCCUGUUUCAAAAUACAAAAUAAAAAGGGCUGGGGAUGUAGCUCAGUGAUAAAGGACCCCUGGGUCCAAUCCCCAGUUUAAAAAAAAACAACAACAACAACAAAAAACACUUCUUAGUAAACAUGUGAUGACUUUUCCUGGUGAUGCAUUUGAUUCAGUGGCCAUAGAGCAUUGACACCACAAGAGUUCUUCAAGCAAGCAUUUAUUUUGUUUUUACCCUGGAUUGGCUGUGGGUCUGUGUAUGUGCAUUUGACAGCAAAGGAGUGGUAUUUUCCUCAUGAAGAUCAACUAUUCCACUGGUUAACAUUCCUUAGGAAUUUGGAAAGGAAAAAGCAGUAUGAAACAUUUUUAAUGCAUUGUCACAAAACAUUUUUGUUGUUGUUGAUGAAAAAUAUCUGAUGUGGUAUCAGAGUUUCAGAAAUACUGAACACUCAGUUUCCCAUACGCUGAAGUGAGUAAAACAGAGUAAAUGAAACAUAAAUUGUAACCACCUCUACACUGUUGCUCAAAACAUGCAGAGGGGUUGAGAGUGUAGCUUAGUGGUAGAGUAUUUGCCUACCAGGCAUGAGGCCCUGAGUUUGAUCGCCAGAACUGCUAAUAAAUAAAUAAAUAAAUAAAAUAUGCAGGAUCCAUAAAAUCUGAGUGUUAGGAGUCUUUACAGGAGGAGAGCCAGUGUGUACAUUAGGCCUAUUUGACCAGAAAGUCAGGGGAAAAACUGACACUCUGCUAGCUAGAAUUUACAUAAUGAGGCUUACCCAGCUGUGGAUUUCAGUGAUUCCUGAAGUGGAUGCAGAACCAAGAGUGAUGGAUGAUGGAUGAGAGAAGGUAUGGGAUGAGGCACGCAGGUUGAGCCCUGAAGAGCAGGUACUCAAGGCCUUGGACACAUUUGCUUGAAGGAGCUAGCAGAUGGCUGUCUGUGGGCUAAUUUUGGAGAAAGUGGAACAGUAGCAUAAGGGGAAAGGAGAUGGGAGAAGGUGAUGGGCAGGACAAAGUUAUGCAAGACACAUGUGUGGAAGAGCUGGGGAACUUUUCAGGAGUGGCAGGGAUGAAAUAUAUUGAGAGUAAUAAAAAUAAAUUUAUAAACUUCUUUUGAAAAUAAAAUCCUUACUUGUAUAAUCUAAUAAAAAUUCGAGAAAUUUGC